AUGUGGGUGUCGGGUGUGGGGAACGGGAAGAAUGGAGGAACUAGUGGCUUAUCUAGUGGCUUAAAUUUAUCCGAUAUUUAUCACAUAUUCCUUAGCGAGAAAAGAGAUAUGGCGCGUAAGGACAUGACGAGGAUUGGUUCUGAUGAGCGGAAAGAGACAUCUGAUGGGCGGGAAUGGCUGGUAAACAACCCAAGAUUCUGCUGGUAG